AUGGAAAAUACUUGUGCAAAUCCUUUGCUUGAACCGAAUCUCACGUUUCCGGAUUUCAAUCAAAUACCCGGAGUCUUCUCGCCAACAUUCAUGGAUCAAAAUAUGGAGUUGGACACGGGGCUGUCAAUAAAUGGAGACAAUCCGUUCAACUAUGUUAUGCCGCCCAAUGUCAUUAACAACGAAAGCCUUUCGGACAUUGAUUCAACGGACGCGAGCAUAUUCUCAGCUGCCAUUUCCUUUCAAGCCGAUUCUCACUCAUCAUUUCCUGUCCAGGAAUCUAUCAAACUAGAUCCAAUGGUCCUUGAACUUCCUCAGCUCACGUCGAACGAAAGUCAACCUAGGUUGAACCUCCCGUCACUUUCUUUACGUGCAAGUAGAGGAUCACUUACGCCAUCCAAAUCGAAUAGGCAGCAAAGAAGACCUACUAAAUCUCCUGGCAGAAGCAGAAACCCUAUUCAUUCCCACAAAACAAGAGCUUCCUCAGCUACAACUCCGUCUCGUGCAAUGGCUGGUUUGGAAGCCUCGCUUAGCUCAUAUUCGGCAUCCUCGACAUUCAAGCGCAAAUCUACCAGGUUAUUGGAGCAUUUGAAGCGUUUGAUUGAGGAGGAGGAACUGUAUGGAGAUUUAGGUACUGAGGAAGUCAUGUGCUCUUCGAGCGCCAGCUCUGACUUAAGCGAUAUUCUUACCAACUCUGCAGGGUGACUCGCAAUCGGCAACAUCUUCUCGCUCAGACAAUAGAGCUGAAGCCAGGAGCUUCAGAUGCUCAUACCAGGAUUGUUCACGAGCAUUCAAGCAUUUCUCUGACUGGUAAGAUUCUCUUUGCUUUUAAGCUACACCUUCUAUUCAACUGCUCCAAUAAUUACUUCACUUCUCUCUUAUCCUCGGUCCAUGUUCUCAUUUAUCUGACAUUGAGGUUUUCUAACUGCUGACACUUAUAUAGGAAGGGACAUGAAGAGAAUCAUUAUCCCCAGGAGAGAUACAUGUGUUUCACUUGUCUGGUACCAGAAGGCUCUUCAAGUUGCACCAUCUGCAAAAGCCCGUUCUCAAUGCUAGAGACACCUGAGAGUCAUCACCGCGCUUGUCUGCAGUUGCAUGACAGCUCUAAACACACGUUUGCAAGAAAAUAUCAUUUGAAUAACCAUCUGCGAAAACAACAUGGUCUUGAAAUUGCCGAUGCGAAUGAAGUCUCUGGUGGGUGGAACUACGCACUGAGCAGAAAUUGGCCUCAUGUUUGCCACCUCUGUGGUGUGAAGUUUGUCACUUGGGAAGAGAGAAUGAAGCAUAUUGCGAAGCAUUUCCAGAGGAAAGAUGAUUCUCUAUCACGACCAGACUCUCGCCGUGACGAUGACGAUGACAGUAAUAAUGACGAUAAUGAAGAUUUCGACGGUCGAAGCGGUCCUCCUCGCAAGCGAGUGAGGUGGGAAGCAGAAAAUUCCAGGAAGGAUUCAUCUUAUUUGACGAAUGACAACAAUUCACCAAGCACCUACUACAAUAAUGCAAACGAAUCGUGGUAUACGCACAAUAGCGCAAUUUCGAGAACAGCAGAUUCAGCCACUCAUAUAUGUCGAAAAGGACGUCAAGGGCGUUCGUCAAGCGAGAAUUAUCAGCUUGAAAUCGCUUCGAAACCAGCUCAUCAACCGGAAAUGGCCAUCUGUGAGCUGCGAAUACCAUUUGAAUUGACUACCGGACUGAGAAUUGCCUCGUUACGUGCAAUAAAAAAACACUUGAUGGUUCAAAAUUGGAUUUAUGACGGAGGACCUCAAAGACUGUUAUGCUUGCAAGACUUCGAUGACGCCCAGAAAUCAAAACUCGCUGUCGGCUAUUUGUCCCGCAAUAGUAGGGCACUUAGUGAUGGUAUCUUUUGGUUCGAGUCCAAAGUUGAGCCUGCGGUAGUGGAGAAUCUUUGGGACAUUGCGUGCCAGUCUGUGUCUUCUCGUCCUGGAGACGAGCCAGAUGCUUUCGACUUUGGUCAUCCAUGGUGGAAGAGGCAUGGAGAAAAGAUGAUACCUGAGCUGCCUCCCAAGUUCUAAGACGGAAUCGAGUCGACGGUCUACGAUGGUAUGUAGCCUCUCGUUUCUGGUUGGCGAACACUCCUUUACUUAUUUUUAUUUCUUGAUUUUGCCACACUGUUUGUCACGGUUUCGACUCCGUCUUACGGUUAUCGAUUGCUAAAUCCUCAUAUUAGAUUAUUAUCCUCUAGGAGCUGCUGUGGGAAAGGGCGUACAAGAUCUCGUAGAAAUGCUACUCCUUUAUGACUCUGACUACGACGACGUAAACUUCAUGGAAAACGGAUCAUUCGACACCGAAGCUAGUCCUCUCCCUCUACCAGGCACGUAUAAAGUGCCAUCCAAGCUAUCUGAGUAUGACCUGGAUCCAAUCAUAAAGAUCGAAAUGGUACAAGAUGUCUUUUUGGUAUACCAGGGAGCCGAAUUAAAUCUCCAAGAACCCAAAAGAAAAAGCCGGUCCGGAGAAUAUUACAAUGCUGCUGCGCACCUUCGACGCCUACAUUUCAAAGUGAAGGGGGGUUGGAGUCCGAGAAAUCUAGACGGGACGGAAAGAAGACCUGAAAAUAUUGGUGAUUGGCCAUUUAUGGUUGAUUGUGAUACCGCGCGACGAAACAGUCGGCAGCCUGUCGAGCCAUGGGAGCAGCAGGUCUGCAUGCUUCUCAGUGGUCACCGCUACCGGUCUCACAUAGAGAAAGAGUUCCAAACAGAGGGUCUGGAGAUAUCUGAAGAGGGAAAGCAUUGGGUGCGCUCGCUGGCGCUCGCACACCCCAAUCUUUCGGACGUCGCUGGGUUUUCACCACGAUAUAAAAAAAGUUUCAUAGACAAGAAAACACACUGGCGUUCAAUACACCACGAGGACAGGACCGAGCGCCAAACCACUCCGAGUUAUCUGCUGGACCCGGAAAUCCCCCUUUACAAAAGCUUCUAUCCACAACCAGAGUUUUUGCAUGAAGGUCUCGUUAUAAUGGACGAGAUAUGCGUACGCACACCCACUGCUCUCAGCGUUAGCUCUUUCGCAACAAAGACUCCUUGCGACGCGAGGCAAGCAUUUUUGAGUUCCAUGAUUUUUGUGGAGGGGAAUAGAAGUGAGGAAGACACCAAAAGAAUGGAUGCACAAGUUGAAUAUUGCGGCGGGGAUAACCCAAUCUACAUUGUUUCUUUCGGCCUGGGUAGGGACACAUGGAAUCGUUCAUUGGAAAAUCGGCAAGAAUGAGUACGCAACGCAACGGUGUUGCAUGCGUCACUCAGCGCUGGCAUAUAGUGCGAGUAAGAGGUCCAUGGGUUCAUUUUUUGCUCACCGCCUAAGUAUUACUUACGCGGUACGCAGCAAUCCUAUCUUUCUAUACACACGAGAGCUCUUGCCAACUUUCCAGUGCAAGUGAGAUGUGCCUCAUCUUCUAUGCCAAAAGGGAAUCGUGUGGUGUGGCGAAACCGGUUCAUAUUUACGGCAUGUUUCUUUUACCUCGGGAAUCCUGAACCUUGUCAUGUUCGAAGAAAGAUAAUUUCAAAAUAGUCCUGACACCCUCUCGUUCAGUGUUUAAUUUAGCGCGGUCGUGUAUUUUGAUUUUCUGUUUGCGGAAUGCGAACGCAGUGAGCGUUUUUGGGCUGAUAGGAGAUUCUUGGUUGAAAGGAUGGUUCAAUUUUGCUUCAAAUCAUAUUAAAGACAG